AUCUCUCUCUUGUGUUUCUGCAGGUCUCUGAAAAGUGAAUGAAGCAGCAGAAAGACUAUCGACAAGCACCUUUACCUAAAGAAAGAUCACUCAAGGAUCCUUCAGCACACAACAUUAGCCGGUUCACAAAAUGGCCAAAAGAGAGAAAUAUUUCUGAUGCCACCAAAGCUCCAUUUUUAUGUCAAUGGAUGGGUCCUUUCUGUUUCUGUGAACUUGCCGGCACCCCUCACAGGUUAAGCUAUCAUGUCUGGUAGAUUGGGGAACUGGUAACCCUCCAGAACCUGCCCUCCCAACUCCCCCACCAUCCCCUCUCUUCUCCCUCUUCUCACCCAUAGAAGAGCUUCAUGAAAAAUGGAGGCACGUGAAUCAGCUGCCGUUGGGCACAAAUCCUCAAAUAGGGAAGCAGUGAAGGAGAAGGUGCCUCUGCAAAGAAAGUGGGUAUCCGAGCCCUCUGCAACAACCAAACGAAGCACUUUUGCUGACCCAGAGGCAAAACACCGUGAGAGUUUGCCGUGUGGUGCCACCGGGGGAUCAGCACCUCAGCAGAAGUACGCAAUCACAGGUAAUUCUGGAAAGCUGCUAUCUGGACCCUCUGCAGUUGGAGCUAUAGGAGGCCCAACAUCUCAAGACCCCCAAGGACCCUUUGCUCAGGGGUUCCCAAGGGGAUACUCCUACCAGUUGGGCCAGCCAUACCCUCAGCACCCCCAAACUGAGCGCUUCCUCUCAGGAGCCAAACCUCAACCUGGCCUAGAGCCACAUGCCUGGCCAUUUGCCGGCCAGUUGCCCUCAGAUGACUUAUACCCUGUGGGACAUCCGGGACAUACUCACCCUCAUGGGGCUGGGAGGUUUCCCCGACAGAAAUCUCCCAGUCUACCCAGCUCCUUUGGACAGUAUUCUCAGUCAGGCACUGAACCUGGAGAGGAGGGGUACAGCAAAAAAGAGCAAAAGCCGAAAAAGCCUGGUAAGUACAUAUGUCACUACUGUGGUCGAGCUUGCGCCAAGCCCAGCGUCCUAAAGAAACACAUCCGCUCACAUACUGGAGAAAGGCCAUAUCCAUGUGUACCCUGUGGCUUUUCCUUCAAAACAAAGAGCAACCUUUACAAGCAUCGCAAGUCCCAUGCUCACGCCAUCAAGGCUGGACUCGUACCAUUUUCAGAGCUCGCUGUGGCCCGCAGUGGGGACAUGGACCAGGCUUCGCCAGUGGGUGAGACCGAGGUUCACUCAGAUGGAGAGCAGAGUACCGACACUGACGAGGAAUGUGUGGAGGGCUCCACCAUGCUGAUGGACAAGGACAGCCCCAUCCCUCAGAUCUCCUUUGAGGCUGACAAGACUACAGGUGGUGUGGAACCAGCAUAUGCAGACUCGGCUGAAGAGCUGCCUGUGGGAUCUAUUAAAGUGCCUAUCCUCAUUGUCCCCAAGUCUGGGGGAGUCCCUUCCACAGGCAUGGAGUGCCCACCUUUUCAGGACAUCAAGGGGUCACAUCACAUGUUGGCAUCACAGGUUGGCGGAAGAGCGCAUUCUCUGGACGACUCCCCCACCAUCAAACAACGUUUGGCCCUGAGGCUGACUGAGAAAAAAGGCCAGGACACUGAGUGUGCCAUGUCCCAGUCCCUUAACCUCCUCAGUCCUCACAGCAAAGGCAGCACAGACUCUGGCUACUUUUCCCGCUCUGAGAGUGCAGAGCAGCAGAUAAGCCCUCCAAAUUCUAAUGUCAAGACGUACGAAGAGAUUAUGUUUGGUCGGACUUGGUACUACCGACCCAACUCCAGAUCCAGACAGUCUAUCACAGUAGGCAUGGCAGGGGCAGACCCAGCUAGCCUGGCUAGUUUAAAACAAUCUGGUGCUAUUCUGGAGAUGGGGAAGAUAGCUGAGGAUCAUAUCUGUUUCAGAGGGGAUGUAGGGAUCUCUGGAGAUCCCAAGCAGUAUCCAACAGGACCCUGUCAAAGCAGCACAGGCCUAUUGGAGCCUCCAUCCGAUUCUGGGCCCCUAAUAAGGAGUAACUCUAUGCCAACUUCUUCCCCGCCCAACCUCAGUGUCCCACCAGGUAUUCGGGGCAGCCACUCCUUUGAUGAGAUGAUGUCAUCAGAUGAUGUGUUUUACCCUCAAGGGCUUCGCAGACUCAGAAGACAGGCUGCUUUUGAACAUUCAGCUGCUGAAGCCCAUGUAGGAGAGGCUGAGGGCUAUGGACACAUGCCCAAGAAUUUAGCUUCAUCUCUAGGUAUUAAGAUUGGUGAGCGCAGCCCAGGAGUCCCAGAGCACAUUGCCUAUAGCCCAUAUGGUACUAAAGUUAGCAUGUCAGAAAUAGCCACAAGAAAAAGGAGGAAAGAGACAAGUGUUGGCGAUGAGGAGGACAGCCCUGGACAUUGUGACAGUAGCUGUAGUGGUUCAGUGGAGAUGAUAGGGGACUAUGAGUUUAAGCAAAGUAGUUUUGAUGGGUCGAGAGCCACUCCACUAGGGAAGGGCUCUCUCAGUGCUCACAGCCAAUCGGAUAGCUUUGAUACCUGUGCCAGCAUGUGCUCUGAGGACAUUGCAUUGUUUACUGACUCUGAGUGCAGGAAGGCAGCUGGGAAUGUCAUAUCAGUCAUCCAACACACCAACUCCCUCAGCCGGCCAAAUUCCUUUGAGAAGUCGGAGUCCUUUGAGCAUCCAGGAUAUCAGACUUCAGAGAAAGGUCCACCGAGCCAGUACUCUGAGCAGUCGGACACAGAGAUUUUUGAAGAUGCUCUCAGUCCUGAAUCUGCCCUACUGGCAGAGAGCAUGGAGCAGCAGCUGCAAAGUGACAGUGACCUGGCCUCCCUUUCAUCAUCAUCAGCUGCAGCCUCCCCUGGUCAGCCUUAUCACAUCCCACACAAACUAGUCAGACAACCCAACAUCCAAGUUCCUGAGAUCAGGGUGACAGAGGAGCCAGACAAACCUGAGAAAGACACAGAAGCUCCAAUAACCAAGGAGCCAGAUAAGCAGCCCCAACAUGUUGAGGAGUUUCAGCUGCCACAGAGGAGUGACACGCUCUCCCAGAUGCCCUCAGAAAAGCUCCCACCCAAGAAGAAGCGGCUGCGUCUGACGGACAUGGAGCACUCAUCUGGGGAAUCGAGCUUUGAGUCAACUUGCACCAGCCUUUCUCGCAGCCCCAGUCAGGAGAGCAACCUAUCCCACUCCUCUUCCUUCUCCAUGUCCUUUGACAGAGAUGAAGGCCUCAAGUCUGUCUCACCCAUCAAACAGGAUGAAUCGUUGGCCUGCAGUGGCGGAGCUAAGCAGUCUGAGUUCCUGACAGUACCCGGCAGUGGUCAUUCCAGCCACCACCAGCAGAGAGAGAUGAGGAGGUCUUCAUCAGAGCAGGCACCAUGCACACUGCCCACGGAGUUGCCUGAAAUGCGUAGCAAGUCCUUUGACUAUGGAAGCUUGUCGUCCUCCAGACAGGGAGAACUUUACUCCAGUGCCUCUGCAAUGAAGGAACGACGACGUGGAUAUCUUGUCCGACAGGCGUCACUGAGUGUUUAUCCAGAGUCAGUCGCUCAUGAGCCAGGGGGCACAGAGAUGUCAAUCAAGCAGGAGAGUUUGGAACAUGGGGCUUGGUCUGGACCAACAGGAUCCCCCCACAGCAGCACUGAUGUAGCCAACAGGACCAAGAGAGUUGGCAGUAGCACUGGUGGAUCUCAUCAACACCACCAGCAUCUCCUCCAUCAGAGUAUCAGUGAGGACAGUCUACAGGAUGAACCACUGUAUGGCAGGUCCCAACAGCACCGUCUUCAUGCCCAGGGCUCGUCAUCUGAAGGAGAACAUCCAGGUCAUGAGGUCAUGAACAAAGAAGUGAUGCAGCAGUAUCAGAGUGGCCCCCCCUUCCUCUCUUUCCAGCAACCAGGUCUCUACUGGACUCAGGAGGCCGGACAGAUGCCCAGACAGCAGCCGGCCCAGCAGCAACUCCAAAAACUCCACCUCAGAUCACCAGGCAGCCUCGCUGGACACCCACAACACAAACACGCACCACUCCACUCCCAGCAGCAAAUCCAUGAUCAACAGUCACAUGAUGGAAAAUCCGAAAAUGACAGCUCUCAAAUGUACCCUGCCUCUUUCUCAUCCCGAAACUCUCCUCUGUCCCAGCAACAGCAAAACCUUGGCUUGCUCUCCUCUAAGUUCUCUCUGCCCAGCACCACCACCACCUCCAUGCUUCUGCAGCAGAUCCAACCUGUUUUUGCAACCCAGAACUUGGGAUCACAGGGCUCGCUGCCUGGUAUGCUGGUUCCUGUACGGAUCCAAACCCAUGUGCCAUCAUUUGGUAGUGUUAUGUACACAAGUGUUAGUCAGCUGGUAGCUACCAGUCCAGGCGGUGCUGACAACUGCAGCAUGUCUCCCCCGGUUGGUGUUGCGAGCACCGGCAAACCACCAGGAGGAAUUGGAGGAGGUUUCAACCUGUCACACUUCAUGGGAAAGACGGAAGGCUCAGCGCUGCGCUACCCUCCCUGGAAGAUUCCAGAUUCUCUGCCGGAGCAACGGCUAAACACAGGGAUACCACUGUCGCUAACAUCAGGCACCAUUUCAACCACAGACGCCUCAGGGUCAGGCAUUGGCGGCAGCAAGCGCAUGCUCUCCCCUACCAGCUCUCUGGAGCUCUUCAUUGAGACUAAGCAGCAGAAAAGAGUGAAGGAGGAGAGGAUGUAUGGACAGAUUGUAAAGGAGAUGAGCGCUGUGGAGCUAAGUGGAACUGAAAACAGCACUACCGAUAAAGGGCAGACCGGAGGUCGCCGAGCCCAUCUGAAGAGUGAUGGCUCCAUGGAUGACUCUGAAAGGAUGUCUUCUUCCCCACCGAGCGACUACCCUUUUGCCACAAAGAUUGCCAUUCCCGUCCGUUCCUCUGCCCCCCACCUCCCUGAUGUACCCCGAGCCGAGAGCUUCACCCCUCCUCUCCAGAUUGUCACAGACCGAUCAGGUGGCCGUGACUCCCCAGAGGAACUUGAUGUGGAUGAUUCAGCUCCAGAGCCCAACUCUAGUCCACAGUCUAUGGGCUCCUCAAAUGAUGCAGAAGAUAGUGACAACACAAAGCCAUGUGCAUCCAGUAAAACACCUGUCAGCGUGCUGGUUCAGCUCGCUUCUAACCAAAGUGCAGGAUUAUCUGGAACAGCGGGCCAGACGCUGCUACUCACAGACAUGGCUGAUGUGCAGCAGUAUUUCCAGUUCCCUAGUCUGCGCACUAUGAGCAGAGUUAGCUGGUGUUUCCUGAAAUACACCAAACCCAACAGCACCCAGGCUGCUUUGCGAGGAUCUGUCUACAGUUCAUGGUGUGUGAACUCGUACAAUCCCAAUCCUCUAAAUCUCAGCACCAAGGCUGCACUGGCCCUGCUGAGGUCCAAACAGAGGAGGAACACAGAUUUGGUUUACACAACAUCAGCCAUGUCUCCACCCAGCUCUGGAAAGCUGGUGUCGUCUGUGGCCUGGAAGCUGAGGUUUGAUCAGUUGAAACCAGAGCUGAUGCCUGUUGAUGUCUGUAACUUUGGGAGGAAGAUGAAGGGAGUGGUGUCGUGGGACCGUUCGAAGGAGGAGCAGGUGGAGAAGGAGGUCUCAGCCAAACAGUCCGCCACCGAACCCUCCCGGAUCAAGAUCUUCGAAGGAGGCUACAAAUCCAACGAGGACUAUGUUUACGUUCGUGGUCGCGGCCGAGGGAAGUACAUCUGCGAGGAAUGUGGUAUCCGCUGCAAGAAGCCGAGCAUGUUGAAGAAACACAUCCGAACGCACACCGACGUCCGGCCGUAUGUCUGCAAGUUCUGCAACUUCGCCUUCAAGACAAAAGGAAACCUGACGAAGCACAUGAAGUCAAAGGCUCAUAUGAAAAAGUGUCUGGAGUUGGGAGUCUCAAUGUCGUCGGUUGAGGACACAGAGGUGGACGAUGGAGAUGGCGGAGACGAAGGUCAGAGGUCAGAGAAGAUUUCCAGAGGGGCGAUGGCGGACCACCAGUUCUCGGAUGCUGAUGACUCAGACGGCGGCGAGGAGGAUGGCGAUGAGGUGGACGAUGAAGACGACGAAGAGGACGACUACGACGGCGACUCCACUCCAAAGACUCGUUCACGCUCCACCAGCCCGCAGCCGUACAGCCUCCCCGCCCUGUCCGUCACAGCCGUGGCCGCCUCCCACCCAUCUCCUCAUCUGUCUCAUCACACGUCCGACCUCCUGGGAAACACCAACAAGCCGCCGCUGUUCGGCUACUUCACCACCGUGCCGAGCAUCCAGAUCACAUCACAGGCUCCGCCCAGCGACCCGGCAGCGAGGGAGUUUGGUCACGAGUACCAGCGCAGCCUGCAGAGGACGCUGGGGAGCAGGCUGCUGGUUCCACCCUCCUCCUCGAUGGAUGAAGACUUGUCCUUCCCCUCCCCUGACCUCUCCUCCCCCUCCUCCCGCCUGUCCUCACCCGGGCUGGACCACUCCGGCUGCCCGUCCCCCAUUUCCCCGUCCUCCUCGCCCUCAGCCCGCCGGUACCUCUCCCCACGUCGCGACCUCUCGCCCCGUGCCAGACACCUCUCACCCCGGCGGGACGUCUCCCCUCUGCGACACAUCUCCCCCAAGAGAGACCUGGGGGCGGCGGGUGGAUACCGGAGAGACCUGUCCCCCAGGAGGGGACACCUCUCGCUGCUCUCCCCUCUGUCUCGACCCACGUCCCCGGCAGGAAGAGACUUUAAGCGUGACCUUUCACCACGUGGCCGCCACAGGGGGGUGCUCCGGCCUCUGUCCCCUCGCAGAGGACUCCACCAACACCUUCACCCGCAAAGCCAGCAGAGCGGAGCGAGGAGUCUGAGGACGUUGGGUCAGGGAGACUUCGUUUCUCUGGGACGUCGCAGAACCAGCGCAGAAAUGGAGACGGAACAUCGUCCAGACUCGCCAUCGCCAGGGGAACAGCGCCAGGCCAGUAACCAUGGCAACCAGUCCAGCCCACCUCACCAAGUCCUGUUCAGUCACCUCCCUCUUCAUUCUCAACUCCAGGUGCGUUCGCCCUACCCGAUGAUCCCCAUCGGUGGGAUCCAGAUGGUACACUCCGUCCACACGUCCGUCACCACCCCUCUCGCUCAGCAGGGUGCACCGCGCCUGAUGCUGCAGAUGAGCACCUCAGAGGACUCCACCACCAGCGAGGCUGCUCCCCCACAUUUCACCUCCUUUGUCGAGAAGGAAGGAGGAGAGUGGGUAAGAGAGGCGUCGUCACCUCACCCGUCCUCGCAAGAGAGGGGCGGCGGGGGAGUGAGGCAGGAGCAGGAGGAGGGCAUCCGGACGUGCACCAACGCCAUCGCGUCACUCUGUAUCGACUCCGAGGAGCCUGCGGAGAGAGGACUGAAGGUGGAUGAAGGUAAAGAUAGAGGGAGGGCUCCUCCCUCUUCCUCCUCCCCUUCUGCGUCGUCCCCCGACUCUCAGCAUCAGCAGCGCCGCUCGCCCUCCGUCUCCAUGUCGCCGCCGUCUCCUCACCACUCGCCAUCUCCUCCUGGGAUUCAGCACUUUAGCGGCCUGGAGCUCAGGCCUCCCCACCCCUCAGUCCCUUCCUCCCCUCACUCCUCCACCUCCUCUCCUCACCCUCACAGCCCUGCGGCCGACGCCCUCCAGCCUUCGGCGGCGUCCAAACCUCCGAGGCUGGAGCGAGAUGGAGAGGUCGAAAGCACAAAGAGGAGCAAAGACGUGUCGUAGACCUGCAGAGGAAGAAGGAGAGGAGGAGGAGCUGUGGAUUUCUUUUUUUGUUUUUGGAUAAUAGGAAGGGAUGAAGUGCAACAGAGAGAGAAAAUGACCUUUACACACUUUACACACACAUUUGUUCUAAUUCAACACACACACACACACUCUCUCUCUCUCUCAGAUACAUACAAAGAACAUGGAUGAACUUCUGCAGCAUGCUGUUCACAUGUCUGUUCUAACCGGGGCCUGCUAUCUGACACUUUCUUAUUUAAAGAGGAUUUGCAAACGGUUACACAUGUACGGAAACAACAUGAGCUCUACGAGAUAAAAAAUAAAAGAUAAGAAAGGAGUCGGGUUAAAAAAACGGUACGUCAGAAACAAAAGAUUGGACGGCUACGUGUGUGCCUUUUCUUUCAACCUUUUUUUUUUUUUUGCUUAUAUUCUGAUAAGCAAACGAAGCAGGAAGGUAAAUGUAAAUACAAUAAUAUCAGCUUUGUAAUAAUGCAAACUCCUCCCUCCACCUCCUCCCUCCUCCUCCUCCUCUGUCCCUCUCUCCCUCUCUUUUUGGACACCUUAAAAAGUCUGGACAAGCGAUGUGAAGUUAUGGAUAUUACUAUUACGUACGGUUGCACUAAAACAUAUUUUUAUAUGAGUGAAAUUUUAAAAAAAUGGCUUUUUUUGUGUACAGCGGCAAUUCUAUAUAAUACUAUUUAUUAUUGUUACCAUGUUUCAUAAAUUGUAAAUUUUUUCUUAAAUGUCGUGGAUGCCUUUUUCUAUGUAAAGCAUGGGUUUUUUGCUAUCGCUGAAAUUAGGGCGAGGAUAUAUAUAUAUACACUGUAAUAUGGCUUUAUAUGUUAGACCUAUUUAUAUACGUCUAAGUGAGCACCCUCUGCUUGGAGGUAUAUACACAUAGAAGUAAGAUGAAUAUUUACCCAGCAUAUGAAUACAUACAACAUAUAGAAUCUAUCUCUCCCUGCACUUAUCAUAUAGAAUGACAUUCACAUUAAGGUUAUGUAUUUAUGAGCUUGUACAUUUUCUCUGCUGCUCUCUUCUCGUCCCUGGUUGUGAUUUCUUUUUGUUUUUUUGUUUUUUUUCGUGGUAUUAUUUCUUCUGUUUCUUUUUUAUUUGCGAGGCACAGACUCAGCAUUAAGUGAACGAACAUGCCUUCUUGCACCGUGGCAUUCUGCUCUCCUCCUCCUCCUCCUCCUUUUAUUCCUCUUCUCACUCCCUCUAACCCUCCUGCCUCGACACCAGCCGCUGAACGGCUCUAAUCUCCGUCACAGGACUUUUGCUUGAAUGAAAACAGUUUCUUUAAAAGGGGGAAACAUUCCAGUAUCCAGUCGAACCCCACGUUUCUUUUUCUCAUCGUGUCCGAACACUUCAUUUCUGGAGACAAACACGUUCAGUAAACUCUCUGACAAAUGCACCUUAUAUUUCUAAACACGAGCUGAUCUUUUUUAUUUUGCAGCAAACUUUCAUUGAAAAUGAAAGUGAAUUGUUCUGAACCCUGAACAAUUCAUUUCACAGUCAUUUGGGUCUUUCUGCGUUUUCCCUCCUCCGCUCCUUCAUUUCAUUUUGUAGCUAAGCAAUAUUUCUCCAGAGCUCUGCUCACCAGCAGGGAGUGUAUUUGUUGCAAGGCAACACCAGUUGUACUUAACAACCAUCCUAGAACCAGGAGAAGAAGGGAGCGAUGAGGAGGAGGAGGGGAUGUGGUGAUUCUCUCUUCACAGUCCUGGUGGAGUCGGGCAGGUGCAAUGUGAGUGUGUAUCUCUGUAUUCUGUAUCGGUGUGUACUCGACCAGUAUAUCCUCUUAUUCUUACCACUUUUUUCUAUUUGGAUCCUCCCUCUGUUAUAUACACUUAUCAUGACGGCAACGAUGUCUUUAAAAAAAAGUCUGUUUCUCUCUUUCAAGAAUAUCAAAGCACAAGUCAUUGUAUAGAAAUGACGACAAUACAAUACAAAAAAAGGACAAAAAAAAGGUAAAUGUGCAUAUAAAAGGGUAACUUUUGUGAUGGUGUUCCGUGGAAUUAAUACAAAUAUCAUGUAUGACCCCAGUCGACAAGGAAUCGCAGUAGAAGUGGAAAAAAUGGAUUGUUGUUUUCAAAUAAAUAUAAAUACAGUAA